ACCAUGGUGUCGCUGUGACCCAGAGAAGCCGUUUCAUCUCGCCUUCUGUUGUCCGUGCGAAUUUUCCAAUUAGACGUGGAGGAACGUGUGAGAUGUAAAGGGUGGAUCAAUAUACCUUUACUGUAAGCAGAUAAGCUUAAAGGGAGAAGGGGACGGCAGUGUGGAGAGGGAUGGGGUUAAAGAGCCGAAGCUGGACGUCAUGGUUCACAGCAGCUCUAAUUCCCCAAUGACAACGCCGUCUGACUCGCUUCACCUGACUGUGUGUUCUAAAGCACCCCUUUUGUCUUGUCCCAGAGGUGCUACAGAACAGGAACUAAAGCAAACCUCUGCAGAAUUGACUUCCCAUCCAGCAUUAUCGCCUCCUACUGAUGAACAUCGCCAUGUAACCACAGCAAAACCAAGCACUAAAACGAGCGCCGCAUCCAUCAGGCCCCAGACACAGACACCGACCUCUGCUCAGGACCAAAUCAAUGGCCGUAGAUCAGCCAGGAAAAGGACUCCUAAGGCCUGUGAUUGCUGUGGCCCUAACAGUAAGGGACACAAUGUCGCAACCUCAGGCAGGGGGAGAGGGAGGGGUAGAGGUAGAGGAGCCAGUAAAUACCUCGGGGACACCCCUGAAAGAAAACCACCACAGUUGACGCGUAUCAGGAGCCUUCAUUUAAGUGAGGAAGACAUACAAAAAUCAUGCAGUGAAGAUGAUGGCCUGGAGGAGGUGGAGAACCCUGUACCUCGGUCACAAAGCCCUGCUCCCAAGCCGGUUGCAGCCAUCACGGAAGAUGGACCAAAAAAUGACUGUGCUGCUCAAACAAAUGGAGCCACCCUGACAAACGAGGACAUGUUGGCGUCACCUACAGGGAUGACUGUAGCAGCAGAGAAGACAUAUGUUGAUAAAAGGGAAGAGGACCCAUCGUAUUCAGGACCAGCGAGCCAAGGAGCAUUAGCGGUCAGAGGGCGAGGCAGAGGGGCCAUGUUGGGGAGAGGUCGAGGGAGAGGAGCUGCAGUUAGGGGAAGUUCAAUCGGCCACAGGCGAGGCAGAGGAGCUACAUAUAGGGGAAGACCGAUCGGCCGCGGUCGAGGCAGAGGACAGGCAGAAAUGGAAGGUAAUCAAAUAAAAAGUGCCGAUAUAGGUCAUGUCACAAGUAUGGGUGCCUUAGAUGAAUCGGCGUCGGUAGAGGAACCGGAGGAAAUGCAGGGUGUACAGACGGACCACGAGCACCAAAAAAACUCAGCUUCAGGUAAACCUCUUAUUGGAAAUGGAGAAUUGGUCCACCUGUCUGACUCGGAGGAGGAGAUGGAGGAAGACGACGUUGCCGCGACUGAAUUUGCAGAUGGGGUGCUGAAAUCCGCUACAAGCGUAGAGACUUCUGUAGACCUAGACUCUGAGAUGCAGGUGGACCAAAUGAAAGAUGGGAUUGAUCAGGUUUCCCUUCCAGUACCACUGCCCAAUGGAAAUGUUACCUCGCCAAGAAACAAUGACCAAACGUCCUCGCCUGUGGAGGUGGAAGCUUCUAGAUCUGCUGUGCUUGCUCCUCCGAGCCCUAUAACGGUUAGCAUGGAGCACUCCUGGGCAUUAAGAGACCACAGACUGUACUGUCAUCCUACUUCGUGGGCAAAAGGUGAAAUGUUGAUAAAGGAUCAAGCAGAAAAUAAAGAGAUGUGUACGGACGCGUCAAAUGAAGAGAGCCUAGAGCAGCUUAAAGAUGCCAUCCAUGAGUUUCUGGAGAGCUUCUAUAUAAAAUAUGGGAGCUUUAUUCCUCUUUCUGAAUCUGAUGUCGUAGAACACCUGAAAGAGAACGGCAACUCUGAUGUCAGCAACAGUGAAGUGGACAUCAGGAGAGAGAUGACUCGAUACAGAGCCGGUCUGGCAUCUGUUCCUGUUGCAGGCUUCAUGGUCACGUAUAAUAAACACAAUCUGAGACUGGAGGACCUCGGCACCCUGGAGGAUCAGAACUGGCUUAAUGAUCAGAUUAUUAACAUGUAUGGGGAGCUCAUUAUGGAUGUAGCAGAGCAGAAGGUUCAUUUCUUCAACAGCUUUUUCUACAAGCAGCUGGUUGCCAAAGGUUAUGAUGGCGUGAAGAGAUGGACCAAAAAAGUUGACUUGUUCUCCAAAUGGUUGUUGUUGAUUCCCAUCCAUUUAGAAAUCCACUGGUCUCUCAUCGCAGUCACUAUGGCAACCAAAACCAUCAGCUACUACGACAGCCAAGGCAUCGUCUUCAGACACACCACAAAUAACAUAAUGAAGUAUCUUCAGUCUGAAGCCAGAGAGAAGAAACAGGCUGCUUUCCAGAAGGGCUGGAAGAUCGCCAUCAUCAAGGGUAUCCCUCAGCAAAAAAAUGACAGCGACUGUGGUGUUUUUGUCCUCGAGUACUGCCGCCGCCUCUCCGUGAAGCAGCCGCUGCUGUUCAGCCAGAACAACAUGCCUCAGAUUCGGAAGAGAAUCUACAAGGAGCUCUGCGACUGUCGUCUCAACGAUUAAACGCCUGCCUUCCCCCCCAGUGUGCUCGCCGGGUCACAUGAGACCCGCUGUCCUGUUCUUUCACAUGACAUUCUGACUGACUGUUGAGCUACAUGAGCUAACACGGCUUGGCCAUCUGUAUUUUCAGGGAGUCCUUCCUGCCAUCUGCUUUUAUAAUUAAAAGCAGAGCAGUUCUUGCUGACUUCUAGUGACUUUGGGAGUUCAAAGAUCGGUUUGUACUUAAGCUGUAUUUUUUUUUUUUUUUUUGUUGCAAACUUGCAAAGAGCUACUGAAGUGGCCCCCUACUGACCCGUGGAAGCCUGAAGUGUCAGUCGUUUUGAGGUGCUGUUUCAGGACUUUGUGCACCAAGUUUAUUCUGCUUCUUACAUUUACCACUCUGAGAGGAUUUUAUGUCAUAAAACGAUCAGAACAAGGCCUCGACUUUGACUGAAGAAAUUGUUACACCAACCGUUACCAGUUGGAUGAACUUUUCAUCUUAAAGUGGCUUUCCUCCCAGAAAUACAUUUUAAACUGAAGUGAACAGUUCCCUUUGUUCUGGACUUAAAAGCUGUAGUAUGUGUUCAGUUAAUAUGCAUAUUUUAUAACAUAUUUUAAAAUCUACCAUGAUACAUGAUGAUACAAUGGAACAGUUGUCUGCUUAAAACUUGAAGGGUUUGGAGUUGACUUUGUUAAUGUGGACUUUUAAAUUGCACAGUUACAGGCCUGUUGAUUGAAGUCUGGAAUAUAAACACAAUGUCCUCCUUUUUUUUUCUCCAUUGCGCAGGUUGUUAAUAUUGGCUCAAAUCUGGGGUCAUGUUUCUGUUAGGUUUUACUGCAGUCCAUUUCCAAAUAAAAUUCCAGUUUUUUGAGCAUAUUAGAUUUUGUUUACCCCCACUUUUGCUGAUGCCGUUUGUUUAUAAUGUUUUAAAUAUUUUCAAGCGUUUGAUGAAGCACCUUGUCCAACUUCAAGGUUCUUUCAGACACACUUGCAAAUAAUUUCAAGCUGUAUAUCUGCUAGCUUAUUUAAAAAACUGCAGGCUUUCUGUUUAGCUCCAAAUGGAUGCAUAAUCACACACAGCUGAGGAAAGCUAUGAAUUAAGCAAAAAGAGAAAACCUCAAUGACAUUCAUUCAUUUCUGCAACAAAGAGGAAUUCUGUGAUUGUUUAUCCAUUAUUUUUGCAAGCAAAAAACAUGUUUUAUAAAUGGAAAUAAAAAAAAAAUUGAAUUUAGAAAUGAAACU